CUUGUCCGUGUCUGUAUCCGUGCUUCAUAGCCUAUGAGAGCUCCCCAAAUUGCGUUUUAUGUGAUAACACGGUGGUGGAAUCAGCCACCCAUCUUUUUCUUCGUUGUGUAGUGGCAAUGAAUGUUUGGUUACAGGUCAUAUUAUGAUUGGGUUUCAUUUAUACCAUUCCUUCGAAUAAGAGGAUUCGGGCAGGUUAUAGGUUAAUUUGGAAAGCUAGGAAUGACAGAAUUUUCAAUAAUGGGGCUAUUUGUGUUGAGGAUAUAGUCGAAAAAAUUAAGGUUUUAUCUUGGAGGUGGAGUAUAGGUAGAAUGAACAUUCCGCCUUGUUUGUUCUAUGAGUGGUGUUGCGAUCCGAGAGUGUUUUUUGAGGUAACGGGUAUGGUCGUGCGGGUGGCAGUAGAAGAGGUUUUGAGACAGGGAUAUUCUAUGUUGGAUUUGCGCUGCUGUUGAAGUUCUUACUAUUGCUGUAAAACGCAGAUUGGUAGACAACUAGAUACAGCUUCAGUAGCAAAAUGGUGAAGCUGAAAAUCCCGGAGCAUCAAGUUGCCGGUCACCAAGCAAAAACUGGAAUCCUAGGUCCACUGAUAGACGAUUCUGGAAAAUUCUACAAACCUCUUCAAGGCGACGAACGAGGUUCCAACGAACUUGCUUUCUAUACCUCCCUCUAUUCCGAUCCACGCAUCCCCUCCAACAUUCUCAAAUUCUUCCCUUCUUUUCAUGGCAGUGAAACCAUUGACGCCUCCGACGGUUCUGGUCUACACCCCCACCUUAUCUUAGAAGAUAUUGUCUCCAAUUACACCAACGCCGCUGUCGUCGACAUCAAGAUUGGUUCUCGAACAUGGCAACCUCAAUCCUCCGAAGAUUAUAUUCGGAAAUGCCUCCAGAAAGAUCGAGAAUCUUCUACGAUAAAAUUAGGGUUUAGAAUCUCUGGGUUGAGGUCUGUGGGUCCCAGUAACAAAUUAUGGCAGCCUCAUAGAAAGCUUCUUAUGGAUCUAUCUGCUGAUGAUGUGAUGUUGGUUUUGAGGAAAUUUGUUUCGUCGGAUGGUGAUGUUGAUGAACCUGAUGUUGUUUUUGGGUCUAGGGUUUUUGUUCCUGUUUUGGAGGAAUUGUUGGAGCUUAAGAAAUGGUUUGAAGUUCAAACUAUUUUUCAUUUUUAUUCGUGUUCUGUUCUUGUGGUUUAUGAAAAAGAUGAAAAGGAGAAUGAGAAAAAGAGUGCACGUGCUGUUGUUAAGCUUAUUGAUUUUGCUCACGUGGUUGAUGCUAAAGGUGCUAUUGAUCAUAAUUUCUUAGGGGGUCUUUGUUCUUUAAUUAAGUUUGUUAAGGAUGUUUUGGCUGGUUUAGGUGAUGCUGGAAACAAUGUUUCUAAAGAUGAAUGUUGAAUGCUAAGUGAGAAAGAGUGAUUAUCACUGGUAAAGCUCUCGUGAAAGAUUGCACUGAUGUAGGGAACAAAUGACAGGAAAUGUAAGUGUAAAAUUCCGCGAUGUAUAUUAGCGGAAGAUUUUUCUUUAAGCAGAUAGAUGGAUAGAUAAAUAGAUAUGGUUAAUGUUGCAAUUAGCUCAAAUUUGAUGCUGAUGAGUUAAACAAAGCUUUAUUUUUCAUGUUCUUUGACUAAUAAGAUGACUACUUUGUAAGGUCUUUUUGACUGUUUACAGAGUUUCAAAGGAUGUUUUAAUUUCAAUUUGGAUUACUAGAAAGUAUGUUUGGUUAAACGUGGUUACUUUGGAUCUAUACUUGUUAGUAGCUGUUAUCUAUUUUACCUUUGAUGUGUGA